GGUUGCCCAUGGAGCAAACAGGGACAAAAGGUUACCCAUGACAUAAGAGAAGGGGGAAAAAAUUCAAUACCGCUAUUGAGAUAUCAGCAAUUUUUUGGUGCACUUGCCCGCUUGAACACCCCUAUUUAAACAAAAGAUAAAACGGUAGUAUUCAGAGCCUUGGAGGAGGAUUUUUAGCGCAGUUUGCCAUACAUAUGAGCUUCGGGGCAAAAUAGCAGUUUGUAAAAUUCGAAAGGAUCUGAAUGCUAAAAUUGAAUAUUUGGUCUUCGACCGCAAAAUAGGCACCGCCGCUUACUCGUCCCCUACUCUCACUAAUAACUGGAGUUGUUUACAUUGCAGGCUGUUUAGGUUCCAAGUUUUUGUUAGCAUUCUUAGGCUAAUAACUUGUGGCUCUUGAGGCAUAAUCUUGGCAUUGACACAUCUCCUUUACAGGGCUCCCUUCUCUUAAAAUGCUUCAAUCUCUGCAUAAAUGCCAAAGACACUUGUGUACAAAGAUCAGGAUAAGCAGCGUCUUCGUGCAGUUUGUGUCAACUAACUGUAGCAGCAACAUCACAAAUGACGAGAGCAAGUCACUCAUUAGCUUGUGUCGCAGGAAGUCACAUGGUUUAUCAAAAGAAACCAUCAUUAGUGAAGCAAAAAUAGUCCAAUUAGACACUCAUGCAUGUUUAGAAGUUUCAGCUGUAGUUGACUUCUUCCAAAACCAUGGGUUUUCUGCAACCCAAGUGAAGAAAAUAGUUAGAAUGCGCCCUCGUUUAUUAGCAUCAAAGGUGGACAAAACCCUAAAGCCCAAGUUGAAGUUCUUGCAAUCAAUUGGCUUUUCUGAAGAUGAAUGCAGUAAGAUUAUCUGUUAUAACCCCAACAUACUCCUCAGUAGCAUAAGGAAACUACUGACUCCAUCCUUUGAUUCCCUGAAGACUUUCAUGGGUAGUAAAGUGCAAGCAAUGGAUGCCGUCAGACGAAGUCCACAAAUCCUUAGUCGUAAGAUCUCUCAUAAUUGGAAGCAGACUGUACAGGUAUUACACCAAAUUGGUAUUCCUGAUUCUCAAGUUUCAGAGUUUAUUUUCAAAUCUCCAAUUAUCUUGACCAUAAAUCCCAAAAAAAUGAGUGCGGUUGGCUUGAGACUCAAGGAAAUGGGGUUUGAUGUUACUUCUCCAGCGUUUAGGAUAGCUUUUACCACAAUGUCGAAAGUUAGUCACUCCAAUCUGGAAAGGAAAUUGGAAACCUACAGAAGUGUGGGCUUUUCAGACGACGAGAUCCUUAAUAUUUUCAGAUCACAGCCGACUUGCAUGUUUUAUACUGAGGAGAAUAUCAGGUCACUUGUGGCAUUCUAUGUUGAUAGACUCCAUUUGAGCCCGUCACACCUGUCACAAAGACCGGCUUUUCUAUUGCGUAGCCUGAAAAGGAGGGUUAUUCCAAGGUGUUCUGUCAUGCAAGUUUUAUGGUCAAGAGGCAUUGUUCCAGAAGCUGGCAAGCUAUCCACUAUAUUAAUGAUUAGGGAAAAGUACUUCUUACAGAAGUAUGUUACCAGAUAUGAAGCAAAAGUUCCUGAACUGCAGGCUGCCUACCAAUGCGAACUUAUGUUCAAAGAGUACAGUUUUCAUUUGCGUGAAAUUCGCCAGAUUUCAAUGUCGAAAGGAUCAUCUUCAAAAACUAAAGUAGCCUAGUGUUUGCACCAUAUGCUGUCUCAUACCUCUUCAGUUUUCUUGUUUCCGCACCAUUUGCUAUCAGAAGCUUAGUUUUUGAACCAUUUCCUGUCACAUUCUUGGUGUUUGGUUGCAUGAAGAUCAUCCCAAGUAAAAGUAGAUUAUGAUAGUUCGAAGCCUUUGGGGUGGUCAUUUGACUAUUUA